UUUAAGAAGAUGGAAAUUCAUCGGAAUACAUUGUAUUACCUUUUUAUAGUAGCUAUGCUUCCUGCAUUUUAUAAAUGCACUACAAAUGCACCAACUCCGAAAUACAGCCACCUCGCUUGUCACGGAAACGGACAAAUCACAUUAACAGUCAAGGACCCAGUACAAUCAGUUGUUUCAAAUUGCACUAGUGGAUCGCAUUCCGUCACGGUAUCACAAUCUAACAAAACUGUAACCAUCGACAACUGCCCACUGAACUCGGAAGUGACGAUUUUGAUGUUAGAAGACACGAUACCUAACGGGGUGGAUGCAGAAAUAGAUUCUAGAAGAGUUGGCGAAGCUAUUGCUGUAAUGUGCAAUGGCACUGGUCUCCAAGUGAAUACAUCGAACAUUAAUGCUCCUGUAACUUUUAAACCGGUUAGUGUUCCUUAUCAUGAGACAUUGACAAUGACCCUUCUUGCUAUCGACGACAUCACCAAACAAAGUCCGGUGGAUACAAUAACGGUUGGGGGUAGUUAUACAUUACAAAUCAACGCAAGUAAGUAGCUAAAGACUAAUACAUAUUCAAACAUAUUUACAAUUUAACAAAUUGCCAUGGUUAUAU